AUGUACGGUGAACCUAACCGAGCUUAUAAAUUCAGAACUUGGGAUUUGCUUCGUACGAUUGCUGAUGAAUCUCCGUUACCUUGGUGCGUAAUUGGUGAUAUGAAUAACAUUGCUUCUCACUCGGACAAGAGAGGGGAUAAUCGAUAUCCUAAUGGGUUAGUCGAAGGUUUCCAACAAGCUCUCUCUGAUUGCAACCUGAUUGACUUAGAGCUUAUUGGAUAUCACUUUACUUGGGAACGUGGGCGUGGAACAGGAAGCUGGGUGGAAAUUAGGUUGGAUCGUGCUAUGGCUACUCCUCAUUGGAUUGAGCUUUUUCAUUCAGCUCAACUCGUGAACUUGGAAAUCUCAAGCUCAGAUCAUUGUCUGUUGUUACUUGAGCUGGUGAACAAUGUCUUAACGGCUGCUCCUCGCCAUUUUAAGUUCGAAAACGCUUGGCUGCGUGAACCCAUGUGCCUGCAGGUGGUUCGGGAUUCCUGGGAAACCAGUAAUGGCGAUUCAAUAACUGUGAAGAUUAAGCGAUGUGGGGAGAAUAAUAUCAAACGAUUGAAGAGGUUGAGAGAUGAGGAUUCGGCUGCAGAACUGAAAAAUGCAGAAAAAAGUUUGACAGAAAUUCUUACACAGCAGGAGGUGUUUUGGAAACAAAGGUCGAAGCAGCUUUGGCUUCGUGAAGGGGAUUCCAAUAGCAAGUUUUUUCAUGCCAAAGCUACAUCUCGUAAGAAGAACAAUGCUAUUACAAGACUACAAAACAGUUCGGGUACUUGGGUUGAUUGGAGUUCAGGUUUGCAUGAUGUUAUUCACAUGUAUUUUUCUGAGUUAUUUACCUCAACUAAUGCUCUUACUGAUGCUGUGGUGGCUGGUAUUACUCCGUCCAUUUCGAGUACUCAUAAUGAAGAUUUGAUACGGCCGGUUCAUGAGGAUGAAGUAAGAAGGGCGUUGUUUCAAAUGCACCCAGAUAAGGCACCAGGUCCGGAUGGCAUGACUCCGGGCUUCUACCAAAAAUGUUGGGACGUGGUUGGCCAUGAUGUUGUGACGCAAGUGAGAAACUUCUUUGAAUCAGGUGUGUUACCCGACAAUGUCAAUAAUACUAAUAUUAUUCUUAUUCCUAAAAAGAAGAAUGUUAGUAAUAUGGGUGACUUAAGGCCAAUUUCCUUAUGUAAUGUUUUGUAUAAAAUCAUAUCAAAAGUCUUGGCUAAAAGGUUGAAAAUUGUGCUUCCACAUAUAAUCUCUGAGAAUCAAUCAGCGUUCAUUCCUGGCCGGUUAAUCUCUGACAACAUUAUGGUUUCCUAUGAAGUAAUGCACUACUUCAAAAGAAAGCGUAAGGGGCAAACUGGCUAUAUGGCUUUGAAACUCGAUCUAAGUAAAGCUUACGAUCGUAUUGAGUGGGGCUUCUUAAUGGCUAUGAUGAGUAAAAUGGGGUUUCAUAACCGUUUCAUUGAGUUGAUUUUUCACACGAUCUCUACGGUGGAAUACAAGAUAGUACAUGGGGGUCAUGAAAUUGGUCCUAUCGUUCCAAGUAGGGGCAUUCGACAAGGGGAUUCUCUAUCUCCCUAUUUGUUCCUUAUUUGUGCGGAGGGCUUUUCAUCAUUGCUAAGAAGGGCCGAAAGGAGUGGUCAUAUUCGGGGUUGUAAGGUUGCUAAUGGUGCGCCAACAAUAUCUCAUAUGCUUUUUGCUGACGAUAGUUACGUCUAUUGUCGAGCAACUGAGAAUGAGGCUGAUAAUGUACUUCGUAUAUUAGACAUGUUUGAGGUAGCUUCGGGACAACAAGUUAAUCGUGCAAAAUCAUCCAUCUUCUUUAGUGCCAACACUCCUUCCGAUCUUCGAGAUAGACUUUGUACUAGACUGGGAAUGGUGCCUGCUAGCAAUGAUAGUUUUUACUUGGGUUUGCCUUGUAUACUGGGAAGAAGCAAGAAAGCUAUUCAGAAUUUCCUUCAAGAAAAAAUGGAAAAACGAAUCCUGAGUUGGGAAGGUAGAUUCUUGUCUAAAGCUGGGCGUGAAAUCCUAAUCAAAACGGUAGCACAAGCAAUUCCGUCUUAUGCUAUGUCGGUGUUCCUCUUACCAGUUGAAACAUGUACCUUGCUUGAGAAGUUAAUGUCCAAGUUUUGGUGGGGUAAUUCUUCCCAACAGUCGCGUGGUAUAACUUGGAUGAAGUGGAGCCGUUUGAGUCGUCACAAGAGCAUUGGAGGCCUUGGUUUUCGCAACCUUCGGGAUUACAAUCUGUCACUUCUUGGAAAACAAGCAUGGCGGCUGUUACAGGGGGCUGAUACUCUGGUCAAUCGAGUGUAUAAGGCUCGUUACUAUCCUCAUGACUCAAUGUUAAAUGCUUCUCUUGGUGCCAACCCGAGUUACAUAUGGCGUAGCAUACAUGAGUCUCAGAGUUUAAUACUUGAUGGUGCAAAAAUCAGAGUGGGAGUGGGAGAUAUUGAGGUGCUGAAUCUUCCAUGGUUAGGUGAUGACAUUAACCCUUUUGUUACAUCUUCUCACCCAGCUCUUGAUCAAAGCAAGGUGCGGCAAUUAAUGAGUCCAAAUGGUCAGUGUUGGGAUGUUGAGUUGGUGAGUGAUCUGUUUAAUCAUAGAGAUGCUUCUGUUAUUAUGAAUACUCCUAUUAAUGUUGGAAGGAGUGAUAAUUAUUAUUGGAAACAUGAGCACUCAGGAUUUUACACAGUGAAGAGCGCAUACAAAGUUAUUCAACUUAAUAAAGGAAAUUGGGGUCAUGAAAUGGAGGACUUAGUGUGGAAAAAGCUUUGGAAAAUUAAGAUUCCACCUAAAGUUCUGCACUUUAUGUGGAAGGCUCUCACUCAAUGCUUACCUACUCGAAUGCAGCUCCAAAAGAAGCAUGUGGAUGUCCCUGCUUCUUGCAUUUUCUGUCACACGAGUGUUGAGUCCAUCAGCCAUGUUCUACUCGAGUGCCAAUUUGCUCAAAGUUGCUGGAAUCGGGCUGCUGUGAGCACUGCUGCUACUGCUGUCGGAUUCGACUUUUCACUUUGGUUCGAAUCCCUGCUGCAUAGAGGACGGGCAGGAAUGAUUGAGGAAGGUUCAAUGGUCGCUUGGUCCAUUUGGAAAGCUAGAAACGAGUUACUUUGGAAGAACAAGAGCCGUACUGCUGUUGAAGUUGUUUCUCAUGCGCGUUCAGUCCUUGACCAAUGGAGUUAUGCUCAGUCUAAUCGGUUUGAACCCUUGUUGGUGCCCGAAAAUCAACAUCACAAGGAGGAGCAUUGGUCUAAACCUGAAGCAAAUAAAAUCAAGGUGAAUGUGGAUGGUGCAAUUUUUCAAAGUAUUGGAUCGUAUGGAGUUGGAAUUGUAGCUCGAAAUAGCAAUGGUCACUUGAUCGAAGCUACUACUACUCUAAGGUUAGGGAAUGUUCAAUCGACCACUAUUGAAGCUUUUGGGAUCAAGGAAGCGUUGAGCUGGAUCAAGGACAAAGACUGGUCUAAUGUGGUUGUUGAAACCGAUUCCCUUGUGUCAGUCCAAGCACUUUCUAGCUUAGUUUUUAUGCCUUCUGUUUUUUGUUUGUUAAUUUCCGAUUGUAAACGUUUGUUAAAUUGUUUGUGUGAUGUGUCUGUUACUUUUGUGUCGCGAUCUGCUAACAAAACCGCUCAUUGUCUUGCUCGCGGUUCUUGUUAUUGGUCUGAUUGCAUCUUUAAUGUCAUCAAUAUCCCUAGUGCUGUACAUUCUUCUAUAAUGGCCGAUUUGGCUAUUAUAAGUUAA